UGCUUCAAUUCUCUUGCUCUCAUAAUCUAUAUUAUUCUGCGCUCAGUUGUCGUCUCCAUUCACACACCAGUACUGACUGGAAAUAAUGUCAUCAUCGAAAACUCCGUGUGCCGCGUGCAAGCUUCAGAGGCGAAAAUGCACUCAAGAAUGCGUCUUCGCACCAUACUUCCCGCCGGACAACCCUCGCAAGUUCUCUAACGUCCAACAGGUGUUCGGCGCUAGCAAUGUUUCUAAGCUUCUCACCGAGCUCAACGUGGCUCACCGCGAAGAAGCCGUCAGGUCUUUGGCUUACGAAGCCGAGGCUCGGCUCCGAGAUCCAGUCUACGGCUGCGUCGGCCUCAUCUCUGUGCUCCAGCAGAGGCUGAGGCAUGUACAAAAUGAAGUCGACAAGGCGAAGAAGGAGCUCGCUACUUAUAUAGGCCCUCAGGCUCUACAACCCAUGGUUCCCGUUUUAGACCCUCAUCAUGGAAUGGUCCCGCUUCACCCUAACCACCAGGGCAAUGUUUAUGGUCCCUCAGUUUUCCCGUACAAUAACAUGCCGCCGCAGGCUAUGGCGGCGCGCGGCGGACAACUGGUGAUUCGUGAACCUCAGCAGCAGCAUCGUGACGAGCAGCAGAUGUUGGGGUCGCAGUUAGCGACGGAUAUGGAGGUGAGGCAGGUGCAAGAGUUGUUUGGGAUUUAUGAUCAGCAACAACAACCGCCGACGACGCAGCAGCAGCAGAAGGACUUUAUGAGUUACGGUGGCGGAGGGGGAGCUGAAAUGGGCUCGGUUUCUGGGAGUGGGUUUAAUCAACCUCCAGAAAUGUCGCCAUCGCUGGCUUUGAACACAUAUGACAACACUUACCGUUCAGUACAACUACAGCAAAGCCAAGGAGGAGAUCAGCAGCAUCACCAUCAUCAACCUCCGCGCCACCAUCUUCAAGAACAGAUGCUUCUACCGCCGCAGCAGCCACACAGCCACUUUUAUCGCCGCAGCAACUGCAACCGCAGCCUCCGGCCCAUCAGCUUCAGGCGCAGCAGCAUCAACAUCACCGUCAUCAGCUUCAGGAGCAGCUGUUUCUACGGCCACAACAACCGCAACCGUAUCAGGAUCAGCAUCAACAUCAUCAGCCUCCGCACAAUCAGCUUCAGGAGCAGCUGCUUUUACAGCCGCAUCAACAUCAAGAGCAAUCGGAGGACACGGAUGGUAGGAGCGUCGGUCCUUCUUGAUUUUCCAGUUCUGCAGAUUUUGCGCCUUAGACAGUAUCGUCCAACAUUUUUAACUUUGUUCUUACCAGAUGAUUUCGCAGAGAUGAUGUUCCCAGAGAUAUAUGGGCAAAUAUUGCGUACGUGUGACCCUGCAUAAUUUUUUUUGGCAUUGAAGAGAGCUUCGGAGACCGAGAACCGUUUUUGAAAGUAAGAUAUUCUCAUCGAUCGAUAUUGGAGAGAACUGCAUAUUUCAAGCGAAACUAUGUUCUAUCUCUUUUCUUUUGUUUUUUUUUUUUUUAUUAGCUAAAGUUGUAAAUCAGAAUUUAGAAAGCAAGCU